CCCACGUCCGGAGAGGGAUGCGGUGCGCCCUGGGAUCCCGGUAGCCUCGGACCGCGGCGCUGCAGACGCAGGGAUGGAUGAGCCGUGGUGGGAAGGGCGCGUCGCCUCGGACGUCCACUGCACCCUGCGCGAGAAGGAACUGAAGCUGCCUGCCUUCCGAGCCCACUCCCCGCUCCUGAAGAGCCGCCGGUUCUUUGUCGACAUCUUGACCCUGCUGAGCAGCCACUGCCAGCUCUGCCCUGCGGCCCGGCACCUGGCUGUCUACCUGCUGGACCACUUCCUGGACCGCUAUAACAUCACUACCUCCAAGCAGCUGUACACCGUGGCCGUCUCCUGCCUCCUGCUCGCAAGUAAGUUCGAAGACAGGGAAGACCACGUACCCAAGCUGGAGCAGAUAAACAGCACGAGGAUCCUGAGCAGCCAGAACUUCACCCUCACCAAGAAGGAGCUCCUGAGCACGGAGCUGCUGCUCCUGGAGGCCUUCAGCUGGAACCUCUGCCUGCCCACACCUGCCCACUUCCUCGACUACUACCUCUUGGCCUCCGUCAGCCAGAAGGACCAGCACUGCCACAGCUGGCCCACCACCUGCCCCCGCAAGACCAAAGAGUGCCUCAAGGAGUACGCCCACUACUUCCUAGAGGUCACCCUGCAAGAUCAUAUUUUCUACAAAUUCCAGCCUUCUGUGGUCGCUGCGGCCUGCGUUGGGGCCUCUAGAAUUUGCCUUCAGCUUUCUCCCUACUGGACCAGAGACCUGCAGAGGAUCUCAAACUACUCCCUGGAACAUCUCAGCACAUGCAUCGAGAUCCUUCUGGUAGCGUAUGACAAUGUCCUCAAGGAUGCCGUCGCAGUCAAGAGCCAGGCCUUGGCGAUGGUACCCGGCACAUCCCCAGCCCCCACCCAAAUGCUGUUUCAGCCCCCGGCGUACCCCACCCUUGGCCAGCCGACGCCUGUGGCCCUGGCGCAGUUCCAGGCCCCGGUGCAGGACCUGUGUUUAGCCUAUCGGGACUCGCUGCAGGCCCACUGUUCGGGGAGCCUGCUCUCGGGAGGCACCGGCUCAUCUCUCCACUCCCCGUACUCCUCCCUCCAGCCUCUGGAUGUGUGUCCUGUGCCCCUCCCCGCGUCCCUCAGCAUGCAGAUGGCCAUCUCAGCUGAGCCCAGGCACUGCCUCGCCACCACCUACAGAAGCAGCUACUUCAGCGGGAGCCACGCAUUCCCCAGAGGAUGUUUCGACAGAUAG